GCCGGCGCCCGAGCGAGCGUAGAUACGCGCAUACGCACUGCGGGUGGAAUAUCGUAUCGUAUCGCACGCGAGUUUGUAAAAGUUCCACACUGUGAAAAAAAUAAACUGAAUAAAUUACCAUUUAAAUAAAAGCGCAAUGAACUUGAAACUAACCAACGAGGUAAGAAGCUCAGUCAACUUGCUACAUAACGCGCCUGUCUCUUCUGUAAAGGAAGAAAGGCAACGUACUGGUCGCCUGAUCGCUUUGCUCGUGGGUAUCUGCCUUCUGAUGCUCGCUAUAUACCACGCGUGGGUGCGGCGGAUCCCAGUGGUUGCCAGCCUGGUGGUGCCAGUACUCAUCAUGUUCGUGUACGUGGGAUGGGUGCUCUACACUGCGUCCAGAGACAAGAAAAGGUUGCUGGCAGCACAGGCAGCAUUGAAUGCGGUUAUCACAGAAAAUCCAGACGCCGAUGGAAGACAUUCAGAAAUGUCACAAAGUAAUAUAGAAAUAUCUGUCAUAUCAAGCAAAGAGAGUUCCAAAGUGAGCACACCAGAUGGUUCAAUGCAUAACGGAUUGUCGGAAAUCACACCGGCUCUCAGAAAAGGACAUCGCAAACCUGAAGAGAAAAGCGUUUGUUUUGUGAAACCUAUAAUAUUAAUCAAUGACAAGCUACCAGAAGACCUGGAUCUAGACCAGAAGUGGUCACACAUCGCCGAAGCUCUAUCUGUUAACGAGAGGUUGAAAGUGCUUCAGCCGCGCAGGAAAUUUAAACGGAAAUUCUGUAGAAGUCGACGACAUGCGGUAUUCAAGAGAUCGUAUUCAAUAGGGUAACAUUUAAAGAGUAUAAGGUCGGUUAAAAUUUUAACAACGAUGCCAUUUUUGGACCAUUAUUCAGUGGCGGAUUUAUCAGUAGGCUAUGUAGGCAGGAGCGUAUGGUGGCAGAUUUUAGGGGGCGGCAAAUUUGACCCAAAAAUAUUUAUCUACAAAAAAAGAAGUCAAAAGUCUUGAAAAUGUAACGAUGUUUUUUAUUUUUUUAUUUGAUGUAAAUAAUUUUAGCAGGCUUAUAAACAUCUAUACUAUCUAAACUAAUACAUUUUAAUAUUUUAUUUAAACUGAACAGUCCUAGUAAAAUAUUAAAAGAUGCAAGUUUUUAAGGUAACUGUAUUGAUUGCGAAUUUGGGUACUUAUCGAAUAUCAUAGUUCAAGAGGGAAGGCUAAAAUUCUAUACUUAAUAUUAUACUUAUUAUUAAUAGCCUACCUGGAGGCAAAUUUGUAAAUCCACCACUGUCAUUAUUAAAAAAAAUCACGAAUGUUAUACGAAUAAUUAUGUUAAAACUAUAAAUAGAUUUAUAAGGGCAUACAUUUCGAUUGGCUUUAAGCUGUUUAAGCAUACUUUGUUAGAAAUACGAGCAGGUAUAAUUUUUAUAUAAUAUGUUAAAUGUAAAUAGAGAGUAGUUUAAAUUUUAAUAAUAAGUAUUUAUUUAAGGUUAAAAACUACCUUCUACAUAGGUACAUGCUAAAUGCAAUAAUUAUGCAUGAACAAAAGACUUAAAUUAGAUAAUUGAAUUACAUUUUAAUGUACUAAGAGAAUGUAUAUGUGUGUAAUUGUGCAUUGUGUAUGAAAAAAAGUUAUUUUGAGUAAUAAUGUGUUAAUAUUUAUUAUAGGUAAGUACUAAGUAUUUUAUAAUACAAAAAGCUAAAUACCAAUUUACGUUUUCUAUAUUUUAGUUCAUUUAAAUAUUGAUAACAGUUCCUACUUCGAUAAUUGGUUUAGAACAAGUAGGUAUUACCGACUUUAAUUUAAUUUAAAGUCUGAUUGUUUUAAAAUUUAAUUAAAGCUGAGUUUUAGCUUUUGUUGUAGCUUUUUCAGUUUUUUUUCCAAAAGUUUGAUUGAAUCUCAUGUU